CAGAAAGACUCUGCAAAUAACUGCUUUUCAAAUUUGUUUUAAUCAGUGGUCUUAUAUUGUUGGACUAUUGGGGGAAACUAGCUCGAAUACAAAGCGUAAACGGGAGGCUCUAGGAGUUUGAGCAUUUCACUGAAAGCGAGGUAGCCGACUACAACAGUGUGGUAAAACAUCACGUGCACUGAUACUCGGAGCUCAGAAAAUUAUGGCGGACAAAACAACCGACAUAACGCGACCAAUCUCAGGAAAUGUAAGUAAUUUAAAUAGUUGUAAGACUAGAAAACUUUAUUUAUGUUUCACGGCAAGUUAAAGCUAUUUUGCAGGGUGAUAUUGAAUAUCUCACGGGCAUUUAUAAUUUUGCGAGAAUUCUAAAAGCACAUAAAAUCUAGCUGUUAAUGUCGAAUGAGUUUUUAUUUUCAGUAUUUUGUGUGCGUUUAUUUCUUCUGUUUAAAAGAAGUUGCUCGAGAUGAUUGAAAAUUUUUGAUAGGAAUGAAUUUUGAAAUUCUCAACUCAAGCAAAAGAACAUUAUUAAUAUAAACGACACUUUUAAAUGUCCUACCUUGGAGACUCUUGGUUAUGGAAUUCUUGGUUAUGCGUAGAUCAAUCUUUUUAAUGGUUUUGGAAUACGAUGAUGCACAGACCACACCUUUGAAAUAUUUCUGCAAGGAAAAGGUUGGAUUCAAAUACACGUGUCACGGCAAGAACUGAAGGCCUACUCUUGGGCCCUAAGUUGCCAUAACUUUAGGCGACUUUGGGCGAUUCAAGGCGACUUUAGGCGACUUUAGCAAAAUUGGCACAAAAAAUAUCGCGACCAUAGGCGACUUAAGGCGACUUAAAGCGACUUAAAGCGAUUUUAUUUGACUGAAGCAGUAAAACCAAAGUUAGCAAAAGUCUUUCCAUAAACUUUAAAAAUGUCUACAGACUCACUUGCAAUAAACACAACAGUCAUUUCGGUUACUUUGGUAUGCUCAUAAGUCACCAUAGUCUAAAAUAUCCAUAUUUCAAAUCAAUUUAGCUAAAAAUACUUAGACAGAAUUACCACAAUAGUUGUUGUAAAAUUAUACAGUCAAAGCUUGUUAAUAAAUAGCCAAGAAAACAUCAUGGGUUACAUGCCCAACAUCAAGCAAACUGAUCAUGAAGCGGUUGUUCACAGUUCCUUCAAAUCUCUGAACUUUGUUAGGCUUUUUGGUCAUGAAAUAAAAUUCCAGGCCAUCGAGGAAGUUGGAUGACUUGGACGCCAUCAUUAGCAGAUACCAAAACACUCAAUGUUGGCGAAUGGAACCAACGCGUUAUAGUUCGCGCUGCAAUUUAACAGAUGAUUUAAGCGAUCUGUUGUCCGAGGUCAAUUAUAGCUCAAACAGUUAAUAAAUUGAUAGAAAGCAUUGAAAUGCGAGAACCAUCUAACUUUUUCCAUUAGCCGCAAUCUGCAUCGCGUGGGUAAAUGACAUCCGUUCUUUUUUCACAACUUUAGGGAUCAACAACGACAUGCAAGAGCUUCUAAGUUUAUUUCUAUGUUUUGCAACAUUUGCAGCCGAGUUAUGUUAAACUUGUGGGAAGAAGUGUCGAGAAAAACAGAGUGAGAUACAGAAACAUAAAUAAUUGAUAAUAAUUGUUACCAUCAUUUUAUUAUGACUUCAAAUUCAAUAAGUGAAUUUGACAUUUACCUGGUACAUUAACUUACAUGCAGCAAACAAAGCUCAUCUUUUCAGUUACUGUCUUAUCAUUAAGCUUGAUGAGGAGGAUUAGAGAAAAAUUAAGACAUGAAUAGCAGAUGUUACAGGAACUAGUGCAUUUGACCACUGCGGAGUGUGGAUGCAGACAUAAUUAUAGAGCAGUUGGUAAACUUGGUAACACAAUUAAUUUGAAGGUAUUUAAUUACAACAUAGUAGGUCUUGAAGAUUUUGACAACUGCUGUGCCACUAUACCAUCUGACUGACACAAAUAUUUAUUAAUGUUUUAUUUGACAAUGCCCAAGUAUGAAGACAUGAUCAGUCAGUCAAAUGUUGGGACGCAGUGUUAUGCUUUUUCAAAGGUUUAAUAUUUCUUGUUUAUGUCUAUAUUCCUAUACUAUAAUAUAGGUUAAGUCACAAAUUUACAAAUGUAUUGCCGUAAACAUUAAUUAUUCAGAGUUAGGUAACCAGUAACUGUUAGGUUCACAUUUAGAAUUAAUUCUUCCAAGUUGUGAUGGGCAUUCAAAGAUGACUGAAGUUUCAUUAACAUUAAACUCCUCAAUAUUGAGUGCUGAUUCAGAAAGACGUUUUUUUGGUCAUUAAGAAUGUCCUGUUUUUUGUGGAGGCUGAUACAUAGUAGCUUCAUUCAAUCAGUUCAAAGGAAACAGAGGUUUUCUAGAUCAGACAUUAAUUUCAGAUCACCCAGUUAAACUUUCAGAGUGAAUUAUUUUGAAGCUUUUGAUGAUUUUUUUUGGGACAGAUAAAUUAGUUAUUUCUCUGUACACUUGCCAGCAGGCUCGCCUGCAUGUUGUUCUUGUGUGCACUUUAGUGGACAAAACUAAGUUGAGUGAUCAAAUAUGACUGGUGGCCAUAUUUGCAGGCUUGCCUGCAUGUUGUCCUUGUGUGUACUUUAGUGCAUUGUCUGCAUGUUGGAAUUACCCAUGCCAGCACAGGGGCUAGACAGGUGUAUGACUAUUUUCACAAGGGGUUUCCAUGUAUAUGGAAGCCAUUGCCAUCCUCACAAUGAUUCAUAUGCAGGGUUACCUCCCCCCCAACCAGUACCCAUAUUUACAUCCGGAAUAGGUGAGACACUUUGAAGCUUACAGUAUCUUUCCCAAGAACAAGAUGCAUUGCUCUAACGCUAGAGACCAAAACUGGACUGCUUAAUGUCGAAUCCAGCGCACAACCAUUCAGCCACCAUGCCUUCUCCUCUUAUCCUUAUGAUUGGAGUGGGGUGGAUAGGAUCAAUUGGGAAGGCUGAAACCCUUAUAACAUUGUGUAACCAAUAGCAACCUAAGGGAACUUAAGGCGACUUAAGGUGACUUUAGGCGACUUUAGGCGACUUAAGGCGACUUAAGGUCUCAGAGUAGGCCUAACUGAAAACAUAAUGCGCUAGUGGUUAUAAUUCAGCAAUCGCAAUAGGAGAGCCCAAUGAAUAUCUAAUACAAAUGUCGAACUAAUAAGAUACUUCGAAAAAAAAACAAUCAGAAGCGCCAGGAAACAUCGGGUCAAUUGGGUCAAAAUCGGAAUUCUUCUGUUGCUUACCAUCACUCGUCUCGAUUAUAACAUUUCUCCUGUAGGAGAAACAAAUGGCUGUGUCAUCAAAGUGAAAUAUGGACCAGAAAUUGAAAGGCUUUGAUAAAAUUUGUAGAUUUAGGAAGUUUUAUGCCUUUAUUACAUCAAUUUUGAAAACACUGGUAAUUACUGAUUAACUCUCAUUGGAGCAAUUUAUUCAUGAAUUGCACCAUUUUUUUGCUCUAAAUCGCAUCUUUUUCCCAUCAGCUAAUACGAACCCCUUACUAAAACACAAAAACUAAUUAGAUUUCAAGUCUUGUUUAAUGUAACCGAUCAAAUUAGGUGAAAAUAAAAGACAGCUUUUACAGCUAUCUUACAAACCAGCUAAGUAUAAAAUAUUUGUACAGACUAAUAAUCCUGUAUUUGAGCGACUGAAAUUUGCGAUUUUAAAAUGGAUGUAAUCAAGUUAUGGGCUCCUGAUGUAAUAAAGUGGUAAUUGAACUGAGUGCAGACCAAUUCUGGUCCGUAAUUAUAUCCAUAUUGAAAUCACUGGUAAUCUUUGCAAUCUGAUUGGCUCUCAUUGGUGCGAUUAUUUCACGAAUCGCGCCAUUUUUUUCUCUUAAUCACAUUUUUUUCUCAGCCAAUAUGAAAACUUUAUUAAAACACAGCAAACAAUUAGAUUUCAAGGCUUUGUUUGAGUAUAACUUUUGAAGCUUUCUACAGACCAGCUCUUUACUGGUUCAAUGAAAUAUUUGCACAGACUAAAAAUCCUGUAUACGAGCGACGGAAAUUUCCAAUGCAGUGCAAUUUUGAUCUGAAAUCAUAUAUUUGUGAAUUCAAAUCAAACUCUCGCUGCGCGCUCUUUCGAUUUUGAAAUAACUCGUAUGAUUUCAGACUAAAUAGCACUCCACUAAGUUCAAUUACCAUUAUAAUAAGAUACAUGAAAAAACUACCCAGUUCUGAUUGGUUAAGAUAAAUGCAGUUUUCAGGUGAUUCAAUGCAGAAGAAGGUUAAUUCAGGGCAAAGAAGUAACAAAAACCAGACUGAACAAUUCCUUGAACUGUUUAGCCGGACUUUGAUCUUUUUUGCGCCUAAAAGAUAUAAAAAUGGCAUUGUAUAUUUUUGUUUUGAUAGAACGCGGUUGUUUCAACCGAACGCACAAUGUCACUCGCAGGGUUUGAAUAAAUCAUUUUUGCAGCGCGCGCUUUGCUUCUGUAUAAUUAUAAUAAGCAAUCUCGUAGUUUUCAUGUAUAUUAUUAAUACGUAGUCACAUGAUUUUUCUGGUGCAAUUUGGAAUAAAUAAGCACUUGUAAAUUUUUUCAAGGACCACAAAUUGCACUCACCCUACAGGCUCGUGCAAUUUUGUCUGUCUUUGAAAAAAUUUACUUAUGCUUCUUUAUUCCAAAUUGCACUCGAAAUCAUGUGAUUACCUAUACUAAAUCACACUUGUGAUUUCAAAUCAGACUCGGGCUGCGCACUCGUUCAAUUCUGAAAUCACUUGUAUGAUUUUAUACCAAAUAAUAUAAAUGAAAAAAUUACGCGCGUUUGAUUGGCUGAAAUCUAAAGCAAUUUUCAUGUAAUAAAGUACAUGAAAAAAUUACGCGCGUCUGUUUGGCUGAAAAAUUGCACUCACCCUACGGGCUCGUGCAAUUGUGUUGUCUUUGAAAAAUUUACCCGUGCUUAUUAACACCAAAGCUCACUCGAAAUCAUAUCAUUAUCUAUACAAAUUUCACUCCACUCAGUUCAAUUAUUAUUAUUUAUCACAUAGUGGAAGAUUUUAUUGUUCUACCAAUUUUCAAAAAAUUUAAGACACGAGGAUAAAAGCUGCUGGAUGACUUUUUUUUUCAAUCCUGGACACAUGACUUUUUUCAGUUUUAAAACUUUCAAAUUUUCCCAUUUUAAAGAACUCAAUUACUUUUUUUAUUAAUGUCAGCAUAUAGAAUGGUAUGUUGCUCGCAUCAAUAAGAUCACAGCAUUGGGGUAAAACAAAUAUUUGCAAUAAAGUUCUGGUACCAACAAGACCACAGCAUCGUCCUGAAAAGAUAUUUACAGUAUGUUGCUCGUACCAAUAAGAUCACUACAUUGUCUUAAGACAGAUAUUUGCAGUAUGUAGCUCGCACCAAAAAGACUCUGCUGUCACGCAAAAACAUUUCAAGAUCAUCGUUUCGACUCGUUACUAUGUUAAGAGUUUCUUUGGUUCACGUUUGAGACAUUAAACAUGAAUAUUUGGAAUCUUUACAGAGUAUCUGCCCGCAAUUAUCCAUCGAGUGGGCAAUAUAAUAAGUUUUGGAUUUUUUUCCUAUAACACAGCAAUUAUCUUUGUAACUUCUUGGCGCCAUUAUCUUCAUCGAUCAAACACAUACUCUUGUAAGUUCAUUCCGUUUUUAAAAAACAAAUAACACAAGCAUAUCAAUCUGUUGAUGAAAUCAACGUUUUAAUGCUUUACCGUUAUACUGCCAUACGAAGGCUAAGAUAAAGUACCAGCUGAGGUAGCAGAACAAAGAUCACAGCAGUUGGUUAUGCUUGCACCAAUCAGUGUCAGGGUAUUGUCCCUCUUAAAAUUGUCAAUCAUGUCAGGGAAUUAGGGUGCCAAAAAAUGUUGCAAUGGAAUGAACCCAAAAUCGACACUCACUACGAAUGCAUUAAACAAAGAACUGUGUUCUCAUUCACCCAGUUAAAUAGUUCAUGCCCUUCGUCGAUAGCUGUACCCAAUGGUAGAUUUCUAUUUCUCUUAAAGCAAUUGAAGUACAUUUUGCAUAUGGUAUCAACUCACAGUUAACUUCAUUAUUACCCACGCACUUCCCGUAGGGGGUCUGUUUUGAAAUUCUAGUCUCGUUCCUUUUUUCCAUUUUUACGUUCAUUGGCAAAUCGCAGUAAUGUCCUUAACACGUACGCGAGAACUUGUCUACGUGUAAAAAGCCACAUGUACUGGCGCAGAAAUUGACGUUUCGGCGACUAAAAGUAAGCACCUAUCGAUAAUAUAUCAAAGCUAUCUAAUACUGAUCUAAACAAUCAUCUAUGUAAGUCUCGUCCCACAUUUGCGCGUGAUCGAUAGCCAAGCAGAAUACCGAUAAGAACUUUGAAGUCCCUAAAGAACAAGAGCACUGAGGUUAAGACAAAUGGUGGUCAUUUACGGUGUACUGUCAAAGUUAGAAAACAAAAAAAGACGACUUUUUUGUUUAAUUGUUGUGGAACAAUUCGUCAGAGUAUAAGAAAGAUGAAUUAUCGGGCUGGUCGAUAUUUAAAAAUGUUUUGUUGUAACAAACUGAAGUGUCUUGAGACCCAUGUAGCAAAUUACUGCAGAUGUAAAUUAAAUGGAAACAUGGAAAAAAUCGUGGUCCUAUAAUUGUUAUUGACCCUAACAAAACAAGAGCAGCUCCUUAUAGCCAAGGUGGUGAGUUGGUAUUCGGUCAAAAUGCAAGACAAUAAUGUGUUGCAAUGAGUUUGUGCUCUUUGAUUUACAAUUUUACUCAAGGAAUUAGUUCCACAAGUGAUGAAUUAAAUAAGACUGUAUUGAACUCAAUAGGUAAUUAAAGUUAAUCCUCUCGAAAAUCAAUAUUAUGUUGUCGAAGACAAAAAAAUACUUCUCCUCUUAGUAUUUAUGCGAUAAAGAAUAUGGUUUAAGAUAAAACUUUCAGUUGAAGUCAUUAAAAGUUCUGUAACCAGCUCAAGAUGUCUGCUCUCUAGUAUGACAAGUUUAGUUGGCAAUACACAAACCAGUGAUGCCGGAAAUAAAACGAAACUUAAUUUCCAAAACUUCAUUUUAUUGAUGAAAUUAAAUUUCCAAUUUCCCCUGAUUUCCCUUUUAUUUUUCUCCUUUUCUAUCAGGAGUGUUAUUCCCUCGGUUAAUUUCCUACCUUCUUACUUUUAUUUACUUCCCCGUCUACAUGAAUAAUACAAGCUUGCUCGAGACCCUAUUUGAAGGAUGUCUCCCUUUGGCCUCUUUUGUAUUGAGCACUGCUCCCAGUCUGCAUGAAAAAUGACUUACGGCCGAUGUUCACCCAGCGCGGCCCUUGGAUAAGAGGAGAUAUACUUUGUGUCAGAAAAGCUUCUUUUAUCAAUAGGCUUUUGCAGAGAUUAUAAAUUUAACACUUCCUCCUACUGUGAAGUAAUUAAUUGUAAACCGUGUGCUUCAUAAACUAAGAAUACGUAAAUGAGUUAUUUCCAUAAAUGCGAUGAGAAUUGAUCGUCAAUUAUAUUUAUUUGUGCUAGAGUAUCGUUUCAGGUACUGCCAGGCAUUUGUAAAUAUCUGAGUAGUUUGGGGAGCCAAUUUGGAAAUGAGAGAAAGGGCAGAUUGGAAGAAAAAUCACCAAACCAAAUAUUUAAUUAGCAACACAACGAAAAUAUUUCCCAAGUUUUAUGACAAAGGUGUAUCUAUCCGUUCAUGAUACUUCGCAGGAAUGUGCGAAAGAUAGACAAGGAAAGUAUUAUCAAGAGCCUCACUCUAAACUGUAUGGGAGCUCUUAGGGACAUCAAUAAUUUAUCAGUUUUUUAAAAGCAUAAGUUGUUACUUGACAGAAAGACUUGAUGUCACCUUGCCUCAGUCUUUACAGGAAUCAUAUUCUUGCAACAGCUGCAUCGCCUCGCACGAAAAGAGGCUCAAAUCAACUUUUCUAUUGGUUUUCUUAAGAGUGAAACAGCUGUCAAUCAAACUUGAAAUGUGUUUAGUUUCAGUUUCAUUCAAUUGAUGCUAUAAUCGAAAUAGAUCAUUACGAAAAAUGUUCAGUUUUUUCUUCCCUAAUUUAUCCCUACUUUAGAACAACGAUUGAAAAAAUUAAAAAUGGAGUUAUAUGUGACAGUCGUCGAGUGGUUGUCAAAACUAUAAUUUGGAGGUAAAACGUUUUUGGUUAUUCUUUCACGUUCAUGAGCUAUCUCAGAAGAUCCAAAUAGAGCUCUCUCGAAAUGUACAUUUUUAAACCAUUCGGCAAAAAGUGAGGUUUUCACCGGACAACAUACGAGCAGGCUCUGUGAAUAGGAAUCAUGACACAUAUCGUGGCAAGAUCCUGCAAAGUUACAAUGGUGCUUUUAGCGUGGGCUUCUUGGUAGCAAGCUUCUAAGGCUCGUCACGCACUCGUUCUAGUUCCACAAACGUCCAUGGGAGGAAAUGAUUGCGUGACGAGGCUAGGAAAGCCUCGAGGACAAUUCGUUUGCAAGUGAAGCCUUCAAUGAAGAAGGAUCAAACAUAGGCAAAACCACAGAAGAAUUGCGUAGGUGUGCAAUGAAACGAAUUAAGUGGCAUUUGUUUUCUUUCCUAAAUUGGUUAAAUUUCGGCAAGUUUUGGCUCAUCGAAAUGUCUUGCAUUCAUUUUUGACCUAGAAGAUGAGAUGAAGAAAUGACAAACGACUGUGUUUAUUAAGGGAAAUUACUAGUGGUAGAGGUUGAAAAAUUGAAAGCUGAGCAAAAAUUUGAGCUGUUCUUUUACGGAGUGUGAAGCGGGUGCUUUAUUUUUGUCCCUUAUUUCGAAGACUAUCAGGUAAGGGUUCAUCGUCGAAAAAAAAUCAUCGACUCUUUCUGUACUUCAUUAACCACUAUAAGAUUUUAAAAUCAAACCAUGCUAAAGAAUGCAUUGGAUUUUUCUUAAGAUCGUGAAGCAACAAAGAAUUACAAUGGAAGCCGCCUUUGGGCGACCCUGACAGCCGGAAUGGCGGAAUGACGGAAUAGUGGAAAAUAACCUUUACUCAUAGAAGUCUCAUAAGAAAACCAAAGGUUGAGGCUGGAUGGUUAAAAGUAGCUCUUUUUCGGUCAUUUUAAACAUAUGGUACCUGGUCUCUCCUAAAUAUAAUGCUCCAUGAACUUCGCUUAAUCGUUGCAUGUUUUAGUAGAUGACAAAAAGACGCUAACCUAUAGAACAGCCUCAUCCUUUGGCGUUUUUCGAUUAAGCAGACGCAGGCGCACGGAGAGCGGGCAGACCGAGUUAUAUGCGGAAGAGGAGGAGAGGUAAAGUUUGUUCCCCGCUCGUCCUCCUGUGUGUGAUUUACCCUUCAGAAGCGGUCACCUCGCUGAAGCCUCUGCUCACUUGAAAAUAUCCAAAAAAUAGCGGCAGUUUUCCACGCUAAACGGACACUGCCUGGAAUGUCCACGAAGGCACAAUUUGUCACUUAGAAUUGGUUAUUCCCCAAUUUCCUACGUCUCGUGUUUCUCCCCACACUUCUUUCAUGUUCUAGCCGCUUCCUACGUGCUUUACAACAGAAGAGAGAACAGUCAAGGCUUCUCUACUUGUUAAAUUUCAUUCAAACUGAGAUUUACUCUGUACUAUCGUUCGUGUCUCUGAUUGGUCGAACGAUUUUAAGUCGUAAUGAAGCACUUUAAAGGCCUAUUUACACGGUACGACUUUGUCGCAUGCGACAAGCUUACGACAGGCCUACGACACGAAUUGUAUCGUGUAAAUCAAACCUACCACUCGCUUACGACUGUCGUGCACGUCACGAAAAAUGUCGUAGGAUUUUAAAACAUGUUUUAAAACGCUGCGACAAUUGUAGCCGAAAUUGAUAGAAAAUGACGUAUUUGUGACAAAUUUCUACUGAGUAGGGGAGGAAGGUGAGAUUUUCUUGCGUCAAAAUGGCGGAGGAAGUCGCCUCCGGAAAGUCGAAGACUGCUUCCAAAGCGAAAAAUACAUUCUCAGAUGAGGAAACAGAGAAUAUGAUAUCACUGUGGAGCGAGGAAGAGGUUCUUUUCCUUCUCUUGCAAAUUAUUGAAACAAUGACCGCGGCCGAAACGAGUGGAAUUGCACGCGAUUUUGGCAUGUCGUAGGUGAAAAUGGGGUGCGCGUGUAAAUUGUCCUAAGUCAUGUCGUAGGCCUGUCGUAAGCUUGUCGCAUGCGACAAAGUCGUACCGUGUAAAUAGGCCUUAAGUCGUUCGCUUUCAAUCUUUGGAAUGUAUCGGUCAAUAAGGGAAAAUCUCAGUAUGUACCGUACCAUGGAAAGUGUUUCAAAGAUUUUUAUUCACUUGUUUCACUCACUCGUUCGCUGCGCUCACUUCUUGGGUUUUUUUCGUUGCAUCGCAACUCUUGAACAAAAUUCGAAAUCUCUUGUGUCUGCACGGUAGGACAGACGCAACUUCCGGACAAAUUCCAAGUAUUUUACCGGAAGUGAAAUAAUCGUCAAUCAGGUUUAGGGAAGUCAAGCGCGUGAUUGGGUUGAGAAAUCAUGGCGGACGAAGGAGAGAACCGAACAACCGACAGAAAGAAGCAAAUCUCAGGACGUGUAAGUGAUUCAAAUAGCUUUAAGAUGAGAAAACUGUCGGUUAAUUUCUGGUGAACAGCCCCUUAAGCUAUUUUUCGGAAAGAUAUUGAAGAUCUCACGAGCAUUUGGGAAAUUUUUAAACGCGCUUCAAAUGUAACCAGCUUUUGAAGAAGUCAUUUCUAUUUUCCAGACUUCCUAUUUCUGUUUUUUGCCCAAAAAAUUUAAAUUUGCAGUUCAAGAUGACCAAGAUUUACGCUAGGAACCAGUUCUUGCGAUUUCUGCACAAGCAACCGAACAUUUCGAGAUCAAAGGAAAUUUCAUAAUUGAAUUAUUAAUACAAAUUUCAGUUCACCUAAUUGGGGAAGUUUUCAUUUGACGAAGGGCAGCAUAUUGUCACAUCUUUUUAUUCUGAGGGGUUCUCUUAUUAUAAUUUGGGUUACAAUCCACAAGUAAAGCUAUCAGCUAGAAGUUGGCUCUAUAAGGGACUUACCUAAUUUUCAAUCAUGAUAAAUGACAAAAAUGACGGACAACCAGACUUACCACUAUAUCAUGACACUGUCUUGAUCUUCCUCUUGAGUUUUCACUAUGGGACUAGAACAGUGUGUGCACAUAUACUUAAACAACAAAACUACAGAUAAAUCAGGCCAAUUUGGAUUGACAACCUAAAAGUUGUCAAGGCAUUACAGGCAAUUAUAAGGUCAUUGUGAUAGGUACCUCAAUCAUUGCUAUCAGAUCUCCAUGAAAGAUGUAAGAAAUGAAAUGAAUUGUGGAAACAUCAUGUUUAUUGAUAACUGUAACCAAUGAAAUUGAAAGAUAUAUAUUUUAUCUGAGUAUAUUUUAGCAUAUAGUGUAAUUUCACAGUAAACUUAAUUAUUAAUUCAUGAUGUUUGUGAUGAAAGCAUUUAUAUAUUCAGUGAGAAAUGUUUUAGGCAUGAUAUGACUGUUAAUUUGUUAAUUUAUUCACUGGUUUAUUUGUUGCUUGAUAAUUGGACUUGGCUCAGUAUUGAGACUAAUGUUGUUUCAGUGAUAAUGAUAUGCAGAGUUAAAAUAGACGUACAAAUGCAAACAAUAUCAAAAGGCCUAUACAAGUGAAUAACAUUCAAGAAUAAACUUUGAAAUAAUAUUUUUUACACAGUUGAAAGAAAAGGUUAUUUUGGGACAAGAUUUGGGCAGUUAAACACAGUUUUGUUCACAACUGGUGCUAAAUCCCAGUAACAGGAAACAGCUUAAUUUAUUUGUCGAGAUAGAACAAAUGAACAUGUGGGGUAACUCCUUAUUUCUUAUUAUGAUCAGGAGGAUGCUGUUUUUAAAUUGAAAUGGCAUCGUCAUUAUUAAAAAAGAAAACAAACAAACAAAUAGAAAUUUGUUUAGCAAAUCUUAUUUGAUUAAUGAAUUCUGUGUUUGUGUGCAGAAAUGCUGUCCAAGUAUGCAGCAACACAUGUAGAAAUCUAACUUUUAUAAUCUGGCUUUGAAUAGCUUUGCUUAUACAUGAUCAAAUAUGCCCCAGCUAAAACUGGGGAAUAUCUGAGGAUAUACCCUAAGUGAUAUUCUCCAAGUUUUCAACCUUACACCUGCUUUGAUAAAAUUAGCGUUUGUUAAAAAUUUAAUUCAAGAUGAGAGAGUGUUAAGCAGUUGUUACAAAGGAAGGAAUGUUUUUCUUUUUUGCUUCAGUCAUACCAGUGAACACCAAGAAGUAAACAUCCCACAAAGCAAAAACUAAGGUGUUUUUAAGAUUUUGAAGGAUAAAAAACAUAAUAGCCUCCAUUUGGCACUAAAACAUCCUUGUUUAUCUCUUCAUGGACAUUACCUGUUUCUUGAAGGUUUCAGUUUUCCUCAAGCUUUGCUCUCUGAAAACUGUUUGCAUCUCGAACAGGUGAUGUCCACAGCUUGGUUUAUACUUUGCUUGGUUUUAGCAAAAAGUUAAAAGUACUGUCCCCCUUGUUUUGCAAGGACCGAGCUUCCCAGACGACCUCGUCAACCAGUCAAGGGGAUCCAGCAGGAAACCCUCCGCCAACCAAUGGGGGUAAGUUAAAGCAGUUAAUGGUUUUGUUCCUGUACAAUAUAAAUUAUCUGCUUUCUACAGCCUAAAGCAACUAAGGAUACUGUUACUCCUCGAAACUGGGGAUGCUGGUCUACUGUGUUCGUUUCCGUAUAAUUUCUUCUGUGUUUUUGUGUCUACUGUUUUAGUGCAGAGCGCGUAAUUAAGUCGGUUAUCACUUGGUAAUCAAUCAAUCUGAUGAGUGCACGAUCAAAUUUAUUGAUAGCCGAUUUCGAGAAUUUUCGUUUGCAUUCGGUGUUCAUCCGACCGAUCUUCGUUCCCGUGGUGUUCAAUAGAUGAUGGAGAAAUAUGGUCCGCGCGGCCGACUCUCAAAAUUUUCAAGUUUGAUUUUCCGUUCUUUUCCGAUCGAAUUUGACCUUCUUGAGAUCAAAAUUUAAGGGAACCAUGCUACAGAAUACUUUAUUAGGAAAUGAUGGAUAUCUAAGUCUUAGACGCGACAGAAUACGCUCAUCAGUCAAGUCAAAGUCACUUCGAUUCACCAGAGCGAUGCGAACCGUGGCCGUAAAGUGAAAACCGAAUUGUUAGAUGUCAAGUCAGGCCUAGCAACAAUUUGAAGACCCCAAGACCCGGUUAAUGUUAUUUCCGAAUAGAAGUGUUUAAUAUUGCUGAAGAUUUUCUGUCAAAUGUACACGUUUCCGAUUUUUUCCAGUAUGACGGUCCUCAAAUGACUUUCUGGCCUUGAAUUCAAGUAAACCACGAUCUGAGCGUGGUGAAUUCAAAUGCAUGGGUAUCGUCCUUACAGAAGUUCGUACGUUUUUCGCUUCUAAUAGCAAUUCAAGAACUGCUUUGAAUACAUUUUUUGUAUUGAAAUAUUUCAGGGUCAUUUAUAAUAUUUACAGAUUCCAGGAACUGAGAACUCUUCAUGCACAGGUUCUUUGUAUAAUCCUAUCCGCUAGCAUGUUUGCGCAACUGCGACACAAGAUUAGCGAUUUUCAUCUUUCAUAAAACUUUUCUCUUCUUUGAAAAUGAUUUGAAUGGUCUACUUUCAUGGAAACGCUUUUUUUUAGAAAAAGGUAAUUUAUUGAAAUUUACUGCAUAUUUGGUUUACUUCCUCGGAUAAACGCCUGGGCUAAAAGGAGGGAAACUUAUUUAUGGGGAACCUAUUAUUCUUCUUUCCUGAUCCGCUUUUAUUGAAGCUUAAAAAGUAUAAAUGAAGUGGAAACAGAAACGACAUUUGCUGGUAUCCUUGCUAUUUAAGAAAGUGAGGGAGGAAUGGGGGCUGGGGGCUCUAAUGUUUAAUCUUAUGGCCUUGGGUGUGGCGGUUGCUCGGGGGAGGGGCGUUUAAUGAGCAUGGGUAGUUAUUUGAGGAAAAACAUAGUAUGCAUGGGCAUGUGAAACACUCAGGAACAGAAGUGAAACUCAAAGUUUGUCAGGCACUAAAGGAAGUGGAAUAAUUUAAAACAGAUUAAGCCACGAGAAAAUUAGCAUUUUCAGGUAAAAGGAAUUAAAAACAUGAGGAACUAUUGUCGAUGUAGCAGCAUAUCUGGUAAAUCCUAUUUCACUGAUACUUAGGCUACCUACCAAUACAGCAACUAUUUAAAUAAACCAAAAACAGAAACUUCAGUACAAGUGGUGGAAGCAGCACACUCUACAGGAACGAGGGAAUUACCUUUGAUUUGCUCAUUACAACUAGCUGACAUAUGCAGGGUUUUUCUUUGUGCCCUUAUGCGUUUCCACUCUACUGUUUCAUAUCUAGUCUUGCAGUGUAGUUGGUCUAUUUUUUUUCAGGUGAUGUCAACUGGGGCUAUGUAGCUGCAGUCGCAGGUGGUGCGGUAGCAACUGGUGUUGCAGCAGUGGUAGCUGCUCCGGUGGUCCUUAGUGCUGCUGGUUUCACUGCUGGAGGUGUUGCUGCUGGCUCCGUGGCGGCAGCUGCACAGUCAGCAAUUUACGGAGGAUUUACAGGGGGUGUUUUUUCGGUUCUGCAGAGUGCAGGGGCUGCUGGCAUAGGACUGGCAGGAAAUGCUGCCAUUGGCGCAACCGGUGCGACUGUUGGGGGAGUUUUAUCAGGUUUAGGAGCAGGAUUUUACGUAUGUAUUGAUAAAAUGUUGUUUGGUGUUUUAAUUAAUUGAAGCAAUUUUUGUGCCUACAAACCAAACAUCCAAAUUUAAUCUUGAGCUUUUGGGGUAAUUUUAAACUCUUUCACGCUUUAUUUUUUCAAAUUUUAAUAGCUGUCAAAAAAAGAAACGUAGAAAAUCAAUGAGCGCUUUUUGACACUUGUAGGUGGUGUCUUUUUUCCUCGAAAUUUGAUAAAUAUUUCUGUCUUUUGUUUCUUUUUUAUCAAUAAGAAUUUGUAAGCAACGAAUUAUCAGUAAGUUUACAUCAUUUGUAAUUCUAUUAUCAGGGCAGUCGUGUGAAGACCAUUAAGUUGUUGAUCUGUGGCGAAGGGAUUGAUGCGCACGCAUUUGCUGGCAUAGCGUCCUCUCGGAAGGAAAUUGAAGUUCGUGUGCUGAGUUUAAAUCAAGAUGAAGCAGAGCGCUGGAGCUCUGCAUUGCAGACCACAAGCGUUGAAGUUGAGGUACAGUGCAGGGGACAGGAGCCAAUGUCUAUCAAAUCCAAACCAGCAUUAAUAACAAAGAACCCAGGUGAAGCCAUGCAAGAUAUCGAUUUCGUAGUCUUUGUCUUUCCUGCGUCUGCCCAUGAAGAUUAUCUUAAUGCCCUUAGACCUCACAUUAAACCUGGAAUGACCAUAGUUGGUCUACCUGGUGGACGUGGGUUCGAGUUCCAAGUUCGUCAUGCACUGGACGAGACUGCGCAGCCGUGUACAAUCCUAAAUUUCCAGUCGUCUCCUUGGAGAUGCCGUAUGGUAGAGUUUGGUGUGAAAUAUGAAGUUCUUCUCACAAUGGAAACUCUUUUGGGGACCAUGAAGGUUAGUUCUGAUACUUAUCAGUGAUUGCCUGCGGGGGACUUGUUCAUCAAACAUAAUCUGGUCAAUAUUUUCAAAAUGAUAAUCUUGCAAAAUUAGAGUCCUGGCGAAAUUAUAAGAGUUUGUAUGGAAAUGUUUACGACUGCUCUCAGGAAUAAAAAAAAAUGCAGUCAAAUUCUCAAUUGAAAUACCUUACCUUACUUUCAUAGUGCAUUGCUUGUUAUUUGACCGCUUAUUAUGUUGAAAAGAAGCCAUUUUAUACUGGCGAGUUAUCCAUUCUGGGUUUACUACUCAUACGAGAAGGAGGAGUAGUAAAUCUAUAAAUGGAUAAUUCGCUAAAAUGGCCAAGGGUGUUGCCUUUCAUCGCUCGGUGUAGCAUGAAAACUGUAAAUUUCUCAGGAGGCCGAAAACUCGAGGUUUGUUUUUACGUCAGUUACUUCUGCUUUAACGAAUUAAAAGGGUACGUAGACACAUUUGUUCAAUUUUCAUGAAAAUUGACAGAUUGUUCGUCAGGCACCAAAGUGUGUGACGCCUUUAGGAAAUUCGAAAUAUUUAUAUCGUGUCGUCCCGAAGUGUGACGACAACCGAAAUAUUUACUACAGUUCAACUUCAAAAUAGAUUUUCUCAGGAACCAAUAGGAAUAUCAAAUAAGCCUCACAUACAUCAUACAUGGUUGGCCUAUCAUCUGCUAAGUGAUACUAUCCAGUUUGUGUUGACGUCCACAGUAAUGCGAAGACUAAUAACUCAGUAUAGGAAACACCUUGUGCGCGGCUACCAAAAUAAAAACUUCCAGAACGGUUGUUAUUUUCAUAAUUUAUACUUUAUAAGCUUUACAGAGAUGUAUACUCUUCCACGGCUUCGUUAAAAGUAAUGCGCGUAGGAAAUUUUCCUACGUGGGCUUGCUGUUAUGUUGACAGUAACCAACUUGAGGACCCAGCUGAUUUCGGCGCAAAACGGGAAUUGACUUUUAAAAGCUUGGGAAACCUCGUGCUGUUCACUAAAUUAGUUGGGUUGAUGAAUUCAACAUUUUAAAACGAUAGUCUUCGAAGUCAUUCUCUCUUCCGAUUCAAUGGUCUUCAAUGGUUCCCUUAAAACAACAGUAUCUGAUAUUGGUAGACAGUUAAAAAGUUAUUUUAAAUAACUUUAACACGCUCCAGUUGCCCUCUAGGCAUGGACAGUGUCCAGGGAAAGUAAUGUUUUGUUUUCUGUGACAAUCAACGUGGUCUUGUCGGGUCAUGUUCACCUAAGGCAUCUGUCGGACGAGUAUUAGUCGAUACUAUCGGUCGAUAUGUCCGCCAAGUGUUGGUCAAUAUAUUGGUUAAUACUCAACUGAUAUAUCGACCGAGUAUGUUGACAUGUCGACUGACAUCGGUCGCCUCACGAUCGACACGCAUGUCUGACGAUACUCGGUUGGCACUUAGCUGAUACUUUAUUGACACUUUUCAGUCAACACUACUGUCACUUGGCGGCUCCUUUUACUGAGUUGCAUCUUCUCUACUCAAAUAUUAACUUAAAUUCUCUAAUCCUUCGAAACUUUUUAAUUCACAUUUUAUUUUUAUUUCAACACAGAAAGGAAAUGUGGAGCCAAGGAACGAUCCAGUUUGCAUUCUACAGAACCUCCUAGGACCUCUCCCUAAAUUGAAUGUCUCAGUCAUUUGACUGAGUUGACUGAUGUUGUUUUGAGAUUGAAUUUCGUUAUGUGGCCUUCGACAUUCAGUUAAGACUCGUUGCAAAUUAAUUUAAAUUCUUUAAGAUUUUGGGUCGAUUGAUCAUAAGAGAUUGUAUUGAACUCGUCAGGUAAUCAGUAAAGUUAAUCUCCUCGAAAAUCAAAAUUAUGUUGUCGAAGACGAAAAGUAUUUCUCUUCUUGGUAUUUAUUGCGAUAGAAUAUGGUUAAGGAUAAAAUGUUCAGUUGAUGCCGUUCAGUAAUGACAAUAAAAUUUGUUUUGAAACCAUC